AUGAUUAAAUAUAAAGCUGAACCCAGAGAUAUUGUAGUAAUUCAAGUUUACUUCCCAACAACUGAAGCAGAGGAAAACGAGAUAGAAGAAAUGUAUGCGAGACUCGAAGAACUCUGUAAAUUAGCAAAAAGAAGUGACAACUUAAUAAUAAUAGGGCAUUGGAAUGCUGUAAUAGGUGAAGGUGCUGAUAGGCAAGUAGUAGGAGCUGAUGGAUUGGGCACUAGAAACGAAAAGGGAGAACGACUUGUAGAUUUCUACAAACAAUAUGACUUGGUCAUAACAAAUACAUACCAAAACAUUCAUCGGAGAAAAAGAAAUCAAGUCCAGAGAUAUAAAACUUACCCAGGCGCCGAUGUGAACAGCAACCAUAACCUCUUAAUGAUGAAAAAUAAUGUUACAUAUAAAAAAUUGAAGAAGCCUACACAAAAAGAAAGAAGAUAUGACAUAAAUAUGUUAGAAGAUCAUAAGACAGCGGUAGCCUAUGAAUCAUGUAUCAGUAAGACAUUCGAAGUACCCUCACAAAAUGAAUGA